UUUUAAUAAGGGCGGGCGCGCACCCGUGGUUUCUAACUAGUUAUAGGAACAGCUGUAAUAGGUAGAUCGCACCCGAAGAUUCCACGUCAGUUUCUAUAUCCCUGUUAUUUACGAUGAACCGGGCCAAACAUCUACUCACAAUGGAUAAGACUUACCAGGUGAAGCCACCUUAAUUCUGUUUACGAUAUCUGACUUGGAGCAGAGAGCUAUAGCAGUUUUGAAUGGAAGACGCCGGGCGUUAAGACCAAGCACCGAGCCUGCAAAGAGCAUUCCUGAACUAAGCCGGAUGCCCAGUUUGGAUGGAGGAUCUGACCUGAAGGGAACACCUAGCAUAAUAGGGAUGAAGCACUGGCUAGAUGAACUUGGUCACUCGGCCGCCAGCAUUAAUAAUCUGAAUAUCAUUCACGUCGCUGGGACGAAAGGGAAAGGAAGCACGUGUGCAUUCAUUGAUUCUAUUCUGAGAGCCCACGGGAGACGAACUGGGUACCCACAGAAGGUUGGUCUAUACACUACACCACAUCUCAUCUACCCAGAAGAGAGGAUUCGCAUAAAUUUUGAGCCACUCCCCAGAGAUCUAUUUGCCAAAUACAUCUUCGAGGUAGACGAACUUUUGUCACGAAGCGGUCCUCAUGAUUUCGCCAGCAGACCUCGUCAUCUUCAAUUAUUUGCACUCUUGGCCUUCCACACCUUCAUAAGUGAAGGUGUUGACGCCGCUAUAUUUAAGACUCACCAUGGGGGUGAGUAUGAUUCCACGAAUGUCAUCGAGAAACCUAUUAUUACCGCCAUCACGACACUUGGACUGGAUCAUGUGAAACAGCUUGGUUCAUCGAUCGAGAGUAUUGCAUGGCAUAAGGCAGGAAUUUUCAAAUCUGGAGCUCCUGCCUUUUCGGCGCCCCAAGAAACCACAGCCGCAGAGGUACUGCGCAAACGAGCAUCUGAUAAAGGCGUCAGUCUCCAAUUUGUCGACCCGGAUCCUUCUCUCCCUGCCAAUAUAGUGCAGCUCAAGCCAGAUGUUCAACGUACGAAUUUCUCAGUGGCUCUUGCUACUGUGCGCUCUUUUCUCGAUCAAAAGGUCAAUACGAGUCGUUCCCGUUUGAGUUCAUCUGAUAUAUUCCAAGGAAUAAGCCAAUUCUCAUGGCAAGGACGGUUUCAACUUGUGAUCGACAAUCAAUUUCAGUGGUUCUUAGAUGGCGCGCAUAAUGAGAUGAGUGUUAGCAUAGCUGCCGAAUGGUUUCUUGAGACAUCCAAAAUGCAAACGAUUACCUCUCCUGUUGCUCGAAUUCUCAUUUUCAGCCUAAUCACGGAUCAACGAGACGCGGCAGCAGUUUUCGAACGUCUGGCAACGUCACUUGCGGGCAACGGGAUACAACACGCUAUCUUCACAACGUACGAACGAGGCCAGGAAUCUGAAUCCACAAAUAAUCCACAGCCCAAAAUCCUGGAGACACCGUCUCAAGACCAACAAGUUUAUGCGACAAUCUGGAGAAGAGCUCAACCUGAUGCGAGCAUUGAAUUUGAGCCGACUAUUCGAGGAGCUCUAGAGCUUGCAAAGAAGAUCGGCGAGGACCAUGGUAGUAUGCAGACUCUAAUCACAGGGAGUCAGCACCUGGUUGGCGGUGCUCUUUCUCUUCUCCAAAACACGGAAUCCUCGGAAACAGGCAAUGAAAUAAGGAGAGAUGAGUGAAAUGCGCAAUAUUUAUUUUUGCUUCUGUUCUACCUUACCUUUUCGGGUAAUAGGGCAAAGCACGGGGCAAUGUGGAAUUGCAACGGUGGCAGGCACUUUUGUGUAAAUCACUGAAGGAAUCUUGUUAUGGCGUAUGAAGGGUGGAAGGGUUAUAUUCUUGGUUUGGGAUAGUUUGAAAGCACGAGGAAAUUAAUAGUCCGACGUGCAUGGCUUAAAUCUUGGGAGUUCGUUAGGACUUUUCUAAGAACCGCGCCCUUAUGUCCCUCCUUUAAGGCCCAGCAGAUCGCCGUCUGGUGGUACAUAUCCUUUCGUGAUAUCCAAGUCCUAUGGUUCACAAGCAGGUAGAUCACCUCUCUGUAGCCUUACUAAGCUG